AUGUGGCACGCUAAGAAUUGGCUGUCUUACACGAGUCUCAUCUUGCUGCUCGGUCUUGUGCUUCCUACGUAUGCUAUCUGGCCAUUCACUCCCAAACGAUUUGCCGGAAAUGCCUUCCUCGGAGCUGGGUCUAUGGGUGUGGACGAUGACGGGAACAUCAUAGCAUUCGGAGACUUUAACGGGGACCAGUUUUUGGAUCUACUCGGACUGGCUUCAGACCGACAAACACUAUCAGUGUACCUGUGGGAUCAUGAGGAGUACACUUUCCGGAAGUCUGCUGUGUUUCGCCAUCCGCAAAGAGUCUACAAUGUCAUUCCGGGCGACUUCACUCAGGACGGCAGGCUUGACCUCCUUGUUCUAAGCCAGGCUGCCUCCGCGAGUCAGCUUGCGGUACAUCUCUAUAGGGCCCAGUCGGGGGGUGGAUUUGAAUUACAUCCUGUCUCGGGACCGCCAUCUGUAAUGGCCCAACCUAUACCUAUGGAUAUGAAUGGAGACCUCAAGAUUGAUCUCAUUGGUGCCUCCCAAGCAGCUCGUCAAGCUCGCAGUUCAAGUGUCGAUCCGAAGUUCAAUGGGGCACAGUGCACACUGUCAAAUCCACAUAGCAACGCAGCGGUGGACUUAAAUGGAGACUGCUUAGCAGACAUCUUCCUCGUAUGUGAUGACCCGAGCACCGCAUCCAAGUACUUCCAGAUCUGGGUUAACAACAAAGACGACGGCUUUGUCUUGGCCUCACACGGCCGUCUACCGAAAGGUACCCAGUCAAUAUCCUUUGCUGACGUCGACCGAGAUGGGACGAUCGACAUGGUGUUCGCGACAUGCUCAUCGGUGUCAAAUUCCGGCGUUGGGUCGAAUUGCUACAUCAACAUUGCGUACAACGAACAGCUACCUCUAUGUGGAGCCACGGCCGAUUCCGGGCUGCGCAACGGGAAGCGUGUGUGCAGACCUCCCGAGCAGCUCUGCACGGCCGACCCCGACUUUCACUUCGACUUGAGUGACAGCAGCGACAACGAUGCGCUCCUGCGCAUUCCUCUUAGCGAUAUCUUCCCCUCGAACCCUUCUCUGCUCGUCAUGGACGUCACGCAAAGUCCGCCGCUACCUGUUCCUCUCAAGCUCGGUGACGCCAACCAAGACGGCUUCCCCGACAUCCUCGCCAUCAUAGUCACAGGUUCGGGCUCCCAGACGUCGUACACACCCCAGCUGGCCACAUCUGAGCCUUGCGGCUCCGGUGUUGCGGGCUGCGGAUCGAGAGCGAGGGGCCAUCGAGGAUGGAGUUUAGUCAAGAAGGGUAUCGACUCGCUGAAGAGGAUCCAUGAUGCCCGUUCUGUCGCUUUCUUCGACAUGGAUGAAGAUGGGAGUCUUGAUAUUAUGAUUCAGCGGACGGGUGCGCAGGGUGAAGGACACAUCCUGUUCGUGCAGAACAACUUCUACUAUGAUGCGUUCUUCCUUAAGGCGAUCGUGCUCAACGGGGCCUGCGGCAGUUCUGUCUGCAGAGACGCAAAUACGUCUGCUCAGUAUCAUCCAUAUGGUGUGAGCUACUCCGGCGCGACGUACAAGUAUACAGUACUUGAUACAUCGGGGAGACGUUCCGCAGCUGCUGUCGGCCAGCUCCCGCAGACAGCAUAUCACGCCCUCCUCACGCCCUACUCGUAUUUCGGCCUAGGCCGCACCAACAACUACAUCGAGAACCUGUUUGUCGGCUCGACAAAGCACUCAAAGCAGCAUUAUAUCAACAUGGAGGGCGUGAUCCCGAAUUCGAAGGUCGUCAUCAUCCCUCCACUAGGGCAAGACGAGACAUGGAGAAGGGAGCUGUAUUUGCGGCCAGGAGAGUGGAUUCCAUGGGUCACGCUUACUGUUAUUGCCACUCUGGGCAUACUGGCUGCGAUCGUGAUCGUACUGCACUUGAAUGAGAAGAGGGAAGACGAACUAGAGAGGAGGCGGGCUUCGCACCAUAUCAACUUCGACGCACUGUAACUUAUCUAUAAUUUCUCGUUCCGCCUCAUGUCAGUGAAUGCUACACGUCCUGUGAUGUAGAACCUGUUCCAUUCCCCAGAACACCUAUUCCGGAUACUCCACAUGAAAUCAACCGUUCAGCUCCCAC